AUGGAAGAAAUCCAGAAGGUAAAAGAAAGCCAAGAGCGACAGUCAAGAAAUGGAAGUGCUCAUCAUGAGCAGACUUUCAAUACAGGUAAGAGCAUUUUCACCUGCAGCCAUUUGAUCAGCAACAAUUCGUUGUCCUAUAGUCACACAACAUCUACUUCAAUGUAACUAGUAACGAUUCUUUUAAAGACAUUUAUUAAACAAAUCACGAACCUUCCCUAACCUAAAAGGGUACAUAAGAGAGAAAAUAUUACAACUUAUUAAAUUAAUAUGUGUACAUAAAGACUAAAGUAACAGAAAAAUUGUCGAAUUUUUUUAAAUACAGUACUGUAGUUUGUAUUGACUGAUGAUAUGCCUGUUCACUACGUCGCUACAUUCAUUAAUGUCUUUUCUUCAUCCAAGUUCAUCCAGAAGGAUCAUGAGUCAUGUUAUGUUAUACUAACUUAAAGAUGGGUGAUGCGUCUUAACGGAUGAUCUCUCUUUUGGUACAAAUUGAGCCUAUAAUUAUUAAGACGUGUUUGUUUCUUUUCCUAUUUUAAAUCUAAUGAUCCAAAAAAAUAUAUCGACUAAAAAUGCACAAUUUACCAAUUUGCUAUCAUGUUACUAUCAUAGGAGAGAUCGUCAUAAUGGUAUGUGCAAGCGAUGUAGCUCAGAGAGAUUAUCAGUACCUUGGUAUGAGCAAAGUAGGUGAGUCUUCUGCAUCUACUACAGAUCAACCAACAGACAAAGUGUUACUACAAGUCCUUGCAGUCGGAAAUUCAGCGUCAACACUUGUAAAAGUAGGACAAGUUGUUUUAUGGCCUAAAACCAACCUCGCCGUACCACAGCAAAUCUCCCAGUCCACAUCUGGAAAUGAUAUUGAUGAAUUCGCCGAUGAAAAUACUGAGUCAGAACAACCUGCGAAUGAUGACCAAUUUAUGAACUAUGCAAUGUAUUCAGUUGGGUAUUAUGCUAAUGCAACUGAAUGAUACGGAGAAGGAAGGGGACAGUGAGCGAUGUCUCAUGAACUGGAAAUUAUUAAUGCUGUACUUCAGAUCGCGAAGUCGAAGCAUGAAAUAUGCAUUUGAAGCCAUGCGAUUGCUUACAUGUACCAAAGCUUUAUUCACUGAACAAAUGGCUCAUAGAAUUAUCCAUGGACAGUUCAUCAACGGCAAAGGAGGUUCUGGAAACAACUAUUCCAAUGAUUUAAAGAUGGAAACGUUGGUAAAAGACCGUAAAGUUAUUUUAAAGGGAUUGUGUGGAAACAAAACCUUAAAAGCGGUUCAGAGAAGCACUAAUGCAGUAUAUGGAUUGAAAAAUGUGGUGGAGGUGGUUGACAAAGAAAGCAAAGUACCAUCUGACUCUAGCAAACAUACACAUGCCAGUUCUACCAAGAUCAUCCAGGAAAUGAUCAAUGUAUUAGAAAGAGUCAAACCUUUUCAUGAACAACCUGGAAGGGUACUGCUUUCUUUUCCCAAUAUUCCCAAAAGCCCACUUGAGAAAUUAGAUGUGACCGCAUUGCACAACUGGUUAAGUCGCAACAAAAAAAGCUAUUUGAGAACGCAUUUGCAUCAAGUGAUGAUGCGGAAGAUGAUGCUCAUGAAACAAUCCAACAGGAUGAUGAAACAGAUGAUCAGCUUAGUAAAAGUGAAGAAGAAAUGGCAGUUUUACUUGCCUAA